AUCGUUGUAGUUUGUGUCCUUUUUGCCAAGCCGGAAACGUUCUGUACCGUAUGUACAGUACCCAAGUACUAGUCAGUCUACUAUGGAUUAUGGAUACUACUAGCCCGGAAAAAGCUGGGUCCUAUGGGUCGAACCGUACAUAUUAGUAUGAUGUGUUCUAGAUACGAAAAGUAUGUACGGACCCACUGGAUCUUUCACCGAUAGGUCGAAUUGUGAGCCAACGAUACCGUACGAUAAAUGACGAUCUAAUGAAACAAGCAAAAACCUGUUGGUGAUGGUCAAAAUCCAACGCAGCAACUACAUGAAAAGCAAAAAAAAGCCAAUCGAUGGUCUCUUUUCAAUAUAUCGUGGCCGACUGCAACGACGCCAUCGCAGACUCUUUUGAUUAUUGCGUCCAUUGCCGGUGCAGCUUGCGCAAUCCAAAGAAAGAAGGCACGGGUUGCGGUGAACGAGGUGCCGCCGAUGGAAAAGAAGGCGGUGUCAAUCGCAACAGCUGCAGCUACGCACCGGACGACGAUCAGCCCAUUGCCAUGCGAUGCUCUCGCUGUUGCGCAGUGCACUACUGCUCCCGCCGGUGCCAAAUAGCAAACUAUCCMCUCCACAAAAAACGCUGCAAAACGAUACAAGCGCUGCGGACGGCAACAACAACGAUAACUCCUUUCUCAACAGACGAUGGCACGAAUCCGAAACGGCGCAUGGCACUGGCCCACCACAUCCUCGAUCUUGCUUAUUGCUCCACGGACACAAUCGAUCGGGGGCGCUACACCUACAACCUGGCGCUCGUCGAGUUCUACAAGCUCCUUCGGAUAGACUUCGCUUCGGUCGGGGCCCUCCAGAGCGUCCUUUUGCUCUCGGCAAUACUGGGGUACGAACGCAUCUGCCUCGGGCUGAUAGAGUAUUGCCUGCACAGCGAGGAGGUAGCUACAACAAAGACCGAGUCGAUCGACGAAGACUCUUUGCUGGAAUGGAUCUACGGAGACACAAGAGAAGCGAGCGCACACACUAGUACCAUUGCCGUCGAAUUCGACGAAACAGAAACACAAUGCAGCCCGUAUUCAUCAAAGCACAAACUCAAAACCAAGAUUCCGUGGCAGCCACAUUGGUGUCCCAACACUUUCUUGGUCCCGCUGAUGCUGAUUCAACUCCGAAUGGAUGCUCGGGGAUUGGCAUCGAACRAAAAACAACMGCAACCGCAACCGCAASACCAGGAGCAUCCUCCACGGCGACAACUCCGAGAUUCCGCGAGGCUUUGCCGAUUGGUCGAAUUCGCAACAAACAAUACCCUCCCCGUCCUGAGGUCCCUCGAUCCUGGUUCUAUGGCUCGAUGGGGCGAAUYGGCCGCUGUUGGCCUGUUCACGGGAGACUGUGAAAGCAACAACGCAUCGAUGCACUGCCGGAACGAAGAACCCUGGCCCMGUGUCUGCGGUCUGUUUUGGAUGCUUCUCAGGGACUGUGUGGCGUUUACGCCCUGCCUAUCGGAGGCGCUGGAGGAGACGAUAGCACACAUGGAAUCGGAUAACAUGCCGGUCUUGCCGGAGUGCUGGCUUGGUGGACGCUCGGAUUCAUCGGCGGACGAUUUCCCGGGCGAGCUCGAGGAAAUGCUACGGGUCGAAGACACCGCAAGAACCGAAAGCGGGCAGCCGACAUGGSUUCUGCGAGGCCAACGCACGCGGUGAUUGCAUCACGGGGGAAAGCGACGGGGGGAAAGACGACGCACGGAGCGGGGAUCAACGCUCCGGAACAAUAGGCAUGACACUAAAACGGACUUCGCCGA